AUGAAAAAAGAAGAGAUAAAACUAAUAAAACUGGAAACUGAAAUAGAAUAUAAAGCCAUACCCGAACAUGUUUUACAAGCAGCCGCCGAAAGAGGAAAAAAUUUUCACAAAAUUAUUCAGGAUUUUUUUCAAGAUGGUAAUUAUCCGCCGUUUGUGGAUGAAAAAGAAACAAUUUAUUUAAAUAAACUAGAUAGCAAGGUUCAUGAAACACUCAAUUUUCUCAAAAAAAAUAAAUCCUUGGAACUGGGUCGCUUUUUGGGUAGUGAGAAACUAUAUUAUAUUUUUCAUAAAGGAGAAUUACUAGCCGCUUAUAUUGAUUUAGAAUUUCAAAACCAUAUUAUUGAAUUAAAAACUAACAGUAUUAAAACUAAUGACAGAGUAGUUUUUAGUAAAUUUGAAGUAUCAGAAAGUUCUUUAAAAAUACUUGAUAUUCUACUUGAUUUUGCUCGUUGUUAUAAUAGUGGUCAUAAUUUUGAUGACCUUAGCGUAGUAAAAGUUUCUCCGUUAGUUGUUACUUUAGGUAACGUCCGAGCAGAUUAUUCUAGUUUACAAAAUCAGCGUGAUACUUUACAAGUAGAAAAAUCUAAUUUUCAAUCAAGAGUUUCUGACUUACAAGUAGCAAAUGCUCGUUUAGACGCUAGGAAUGAUAGCCUAUUGUCAGAAAACACUAAUUUACAAAGCCUAAUAAGAGCCGGAGAAAGAGAAUUAGCAACCAAGAACAAUCAAAUAAAUGAAAAAGAUAGACAAAUAGUCAGUUAUAGCACACAGUUAACUACUACUCAAAAUCAAUUAACAGCAAAAAAUAAUGAACUAGUUGCCAAACAAAAUCAAUAUGAUGAAUUAAUACGACAAUUCACUGCUUUACAAAUCACAAUUAAUAAUAAAGAUAACGAAAUUGAAGAAAAAGUUAAUAAAAUUAAAGAGUUGAAAGGAGAUUUAAACAUUUCCCGCGAAGAGUUUUUAAAUCAGAAAAUAGAUUUAAAAGAGGAAAAGUUGGGUGAGUUUAUCCAACAGUUUCAACCAUUAGGAGUUAAUCAAGGACAAACCAGAAAUUUACAAGACUUUUACGAACAAUUAAAAGUAAUUACUACUUCCCCUGAUUAUAACAGGGACAAUGCCAGGGCAGUUGAAAAUAAUAUUAACACAAUCGAGCAAGCGUUAUUAAACGCCGGAGUUAGUGUGGUAGAUACUAGAAAAGUCCUUCGUAAGUGUAAAAAGAUUGCUAACUUGAAAAUAGAAUUAGACCAAGUUUAUCAACAACAGCAAUACGAGGCACGACAAGAAGUUCCACCACAUCAAUAA